AUGAAAUUUUUCAUAAUAAUCAUUAUUUUUACAUAUAUAAGUUGUAAAUCAAUAAAUAGAAUGUUUAGAAUUUGUUAUAUAAAUUCAAUUUUAUCAAUAAAAAAAGGUGAAAAUAAUUAUCCAUUUAUAAAAAGAAAAUUAAAAAAUUUCUGUUCUAUGAAUGAAUAUGAUAAUAUAAAAAAAUUUUAUGGGAAUAUAGAAGAAGGAUUUAAUUCUAAUAAAUCUCCACCCUACUUAUUAAAAUUUAAGAAUUCAAAUGAUGUAUUAGCAUAUACAGACAAAAUAGAUAGUGAUUGUUUAAAUCAGAUUAAAAAUUUAGCAAAACUUAAAAUUAUAAAAGGUCAUGUUACAAUAUUACCUGAUGUUCAUCUAGGGAAAGGAAUAAUUAUUGGUUCUGUUUUUUUAACAAAAGAUUUUAUCAUACCAAAUGGAGUAGGUGUUGAUAUAGGUUGUGGUAUUUUGUGUGUAAAAAUUAAUAACUUGAAAAAAAAAGAUUUGAAUGAUAGAAUUAUAAAUAAUAUAUAUAAUAAAAUAAAAAAAAAUAUUCCUUUAAGUUUUGACUGUCAUGAUAAAGAAAUAUUUGAUUCUAAGACAGUAUUUUCUAAUUUAUUAAAUAAAUAUGCUAGUAAAAAUAUAAAAGAUAUAAUUAAACCUAAACAUUUACAGCAAUUAGGUACACUGGGAGGGGGAAAUCAUUUUAUUGAAAUCGUGUAUGAUGCAACUUAUUCAAAUCAAAAAAAUAAAAUGCAAAAAUCUUUGGAUAAUAAUAUACAUAAUAACAUUUAUGAAGAUGAUAUAAAUAAUUCCAUUGAUAAAAAGUAUAAUAAUAUAUGCGACAAUAAUGUAUCCAAUAAUGUUUGUGAUGAACAAAAUUUUAACAAUUCAGAUAUUUAUAUUUUGAUUCACUCAGGAAGUAGAAAUAUAGGUAAAACAACAGCAGAAUUUUAUGACAUUUUAGCUAGUGAAGAAAGUAAAAUGAAAAGAAAUGAUUUAGCUUAUCUUGAUUUAAGAAAAGAAAAUGGAAAGAAUUAUAUAAAAGACAUGAAAUUAUGUUUAGAAUAUGCAAAAUAUAAUAGAAUAUAUAUGAUGAAAACAAUUGAAAAAAUUAUAUAUGAAGAAGUUAAAUGUACGUUGAAUUGGGAAAACUCUAUAAAUAUUCACCAUAAUUUUUGUAAUUAUGAAAUGGUUACCUAUAUUGAUAAGAAUGAAAUAAAAAAUGAUUAUAUGUAUGUAACUAGAAAAGGAUCAACGUCUUCUAAAAAAGAUGAAUAUGGUAUAAUUCCAGGUAAUAUGAAAACGGGAUCAUACAUAGUAAAAGGUAAAGGAAAUAUGUUAUCUUAUAAUUCCUGCUCACAUGGUUGUGGCAGAUUAUUAAGUAGAACAAAAGCAAAACAAAUUAUUAAUCAAAAUGAUUUUGUUAAUAUUAUGAAAGGAAUAAAAUGCGACACAAAUAAAAAAAUUAGAGAUGAAGCACCUCAAGCUUAUAAAAAUAUAAAUGAAGUUUUAAAAAAUCAAGAUUCUCUUAUAUAUGUAAUCAAAAAAUUAUUACCAAUAAUUAAUAUUAAAGGAUUUUAA